ACAGGUGGAUGCAGAGGACAGAGAGCUGCUGCCAUGACAAACAGAAAAAUGUCCUUUUUUGAGUUUUGGAGGAGUAAGAGGCAGAUGCGAGCGCUUCUGGAGAGAAUCAAUCAGCUGAGGCUUUUUCCUUCACAGCUGAGACGGUUGCUAGGCAACAGUGGAGUCAGGGCGGAGCUGCAGAAUGCCAGGAUGGUGCUUCUGCUGCCCCCUGUUGGUACGGAGAUCUUCAGACGCUUCACGCCAGCUUCGCUGGAGGAGAUCCAGCGACGACAUGAAGCCGAGGAGAAGGAGCGACAGAUGAGGAAGGAGAAGAACAUAGUGGUGGCAGAAGAAGACCUGCCUAAACCAGCCAGUGACCUGGAGGCCGGGAAGCCCCUCCCAUUCAUCUACGGGGACCCGCCCCCUGAGUUUCUCAACACCCCAUUGGAGGAGCUGGAUCCCUUCUACCAAUCACAGAAGACCUUCAUCGUGCUCAGUAAAGGAAACAUCAUCUACAGGUUUAACGCUGAUCCGGCGUGUUACCUGCUGAGUCCGUUCAACCCGCUGAGGACCGUCGCCAUCAGGAUCCUCAUUCACUCUUUAUUCAGUUUGUUCAUCAUGGUGACGAUUCUGACCAACUGUGCGUUCAUGACGAUGAGUGAUCCUCCGGCGUGGAGCAAGAUUGUGGAAUAUGUGUUUACAGGGAUUUACACAUUUGAAGCUACAGUGAAAGUUCUGUCCAGAGGCUUCUGUCUGGGAGACUUCACCUUCCUCAGAGAUCCAUGGAACUGGCUCGACUUCAUGGUCAUCAGCAUGGCAUAUCUGACAGAGUUUGUAGAUUUGGGAAAUAUUUCUGCGUUGAGGACGUUCAGAGUUCUUCGAGCACUAAAGACCAUCACAGUCAUCCCUGGUUUGAAGACGAUUGUCGGAGCUCUCAUCCAAUCAGUGAAGAAGAUGGCUGAUGUCAUGAUCCUGACAGUCUUCUGUCUCAGCGUCUUCGCUCUGAUUGGUCUGCAGCUCUUCAUGGGAAACUUGAGGCAAAAAUGUGUCAUGAUGCCGCACACGUCUCCUGACAACCUCACUACCGGUUACCAUGGCAAUGACACCUAUGGCAACCACACCUAUGGCAACCACACCUAUGGCAACGACACAGGAAGCAGUGAUUUUGAUUUCCAAGAGUACAUCAAAAAUCCCGAUAACUACUACUACCUUCCUGGACAGAAUGAUGCUCUGCUGUGUGGAAACAGCUCUGAUGCCGGGGUCUGUCCGGAGGGUUACGUCUGUCUGAAGGCAGGAAGAAACCCGAACUACGGAUACACCAGCUUUGACACAUUUGGCUGGGCGUUCCUGGCUCUGUUCAGACUGAUGACUCAGGACUUCUGGGAAAACCUGUUCCAGCUGACGCUGCGUGCAGCAGGUAAAACCUACAUGAUCUUCUUCGUGGUCGUCAUCUUCCUCGGCUCAUUCUACCUCAUUAACCUGAUGCUGGCAGUGGUUGCCAUGGCGUACGCCGAGCAGAAUGAGACCACCAUCGCCGAGGCCAAACGGAAGGAGGAAGAGUACGCAGAGAUCCUCGAGGCGUUGAAGAAGAGAGAAGAGGCAGCCUGCAGUAUGGAGUUCUCAGAGAAGCAAGAUUCAGAAUCACAGAAGAAGAAUUCAUCUGCAGAUGUGAAUAGUCAUGAGAAAGAACACGCUGACAUGGAAGAGUUUGAGGACGACCAGAGGCCGUGUCCUCCAUGUUGGUACGCUUUCUCCGACAUCUUCCUGAAGUGGAACUGUUGCGGAUGUUGGCGGCGGCUCAAAAAGUGGCUCUACACCAUCGUCAUGGACCCAUUCAUCGACCUCGGCAUCACCAUCUGUAUCGUCCUCAACACCGUCUUCAUGGCCAUGGAGCAUUACCCAAUGACAGAGCAGUUUGAAGAGCUGCUGAGCAUCGGAAAUCUGGUCUUCACAGGGAUCUUCACAGCUGAGAUGGUGCUCAAACUUCUGGCCAUGGAUCCGUUCUACUACUUCCAGGUGGGCUGGAACAUCUUUGACAGCAUCAUCGUCACCAUGAGUCUGGUGGAGCUGGGAUUGGCUAAUGUUCAGGGCCUGUCUGUGCUGCGCUCAUUCCGAUUGAUGCGAGUGUUUAAGUUGGCCAAGUCAUGGCCGACCCUUAACAUGCUGAUAAAGAUCAUUGGGAACUCGGUGGGGGCCCUAGGGAACCUGACCCUGGUCCUGGCCAUCAUCGUCUUCAUCUUCGCCGUGGUCGGUAUGCAGCUGUUCGGGAAGAGCUACAAAGACUGUGUCUGUCGCAUCUCAGCUGACUGCGAGCUUCCUCGCUGGCACAUGAACGACUUCUUCCACGCUUUCCUCAUCAUCUUCAGGGUCCUGUGUGGCGAGUGGAUUGAGACAAUGUGGGAUUGCAUGGAGGUGGCGGGUCAGACCAUGUGUCUGGUGGUCUUCAUGUUGGUCAUGGUCAUCGGGAACCUGGUGGUCCUGAAUCUGUUCCUGGCCCUGCUGCUGAGCUCGUUCAGCGGUGAAAAUCUGGCGGCUCCAGAAGAAGACGGAGAAAACAAUCUGCAGAUCGCCAUAAACCGGAUCAACAGGGCUGUGGCCUGGGUGACGUCCUGGGUCCUGGAUCACAUCUGGGCUCUGCUGGGAAACAAGAACCUAAACCAGACUGCAGUCGACAGCGACGAAGACGACAGGAAGGAGUUCUUGGCUUUGAACUCUGUGGCCUCAGACCAGCUGGGACCUGAUGUCAAGGCCCUCAGCUGUAACCAUGACAACCUGACCAGCAACUACCACAACAUUGCCUCCCUGAGGGUCCCCAUCGCUGAGGCCGAGUCUGACUUUGAGACGCCUGAAAAUGAAGAUGAGGACGAUGAAGAGGAAGAGGAAGAGGAAGAGGAAGAAGAGGAAGAGGAAGAAGAGGAGAAAGAAAAUAACUCCCAAUGUGACGAGACGUCAGUUUGCAGCACCGUACAGAAACUUCCUGAAGUUCAGGAGGAAGAAACUGAUGAAGAUCGUGAUCGAAACACACCUGUGGACUGCUGCACUGAGAAGUGCUACCUUUGCUGUCCCUGCCUGGACAUAGACACGUCCCAGGGCAAAGGGAAGGUCUGGUCUAAGUUCAGGAGAACCUGUUUCUCCAUCGCUGAACACAACUAUUUUGAAUCCUUCAUCAUCUUCAUGAUCCUGCUGAGCAGCGGAGCUCUGGCGUUUGAGGACGUCUACCUGGAGCAGCGCCCGGUCAUAAAGACGCUGCUGGAGUACGCAGACCAGGUGUUCACCUACGUGUUCGUAGUCGAGAUGGUUCUAAAGUGGGUCGCCUACGGAUUCAAGACCUACUUCACCAACGCCUGGUGCUGGCUCGACUUCCUCAUCGUAGAUGUGUCUCUGGUGUCUCUGACUGCCAACCUUCUGGGAUUCUCUGAGCUGGGAGCCAUCAAGUCUCUGAGGACGCUGAGAGCUCUGAGGCCCCUGAGGGCCCUGUCUCGCUUCGAGGGCAUGAGGGUGGUGGUGAACGCGCUGAUCGGAGCGAUCCCGUCCAUCUUUAAUGUGCUGCUCGUGUGUCUGAUCUUCUGGUUGAUCUUCAGCAUCAUGGGAGUCAAUCUGUUUGCAGGAAAGUUUUAUUAUUGUUUCAACGAGACGGCAGAGGAGUAUUUUCACCACGAAGACGUCAACAACAAGACCGAGUGUUUUGCACUGAUUCAGCAAAACUUCACCGAAGUCCGCUGGAAGAACACGAAGGUUAACUACGACAACGUGGGGAUGGGCUACCUGUCGCUGCUGCAAGUGGCGACAUUUAAAGGCUGGAUGGACAUCAUGUACGCAGCUGUGGACUCCAGAGAGGUGGAGUCCCAGCCGGUGUACGAGGUCAACCUGUACAUGUACCUGUACUUCGUCUGCUUCAUCAUCUUCGGCUCCUUCUUCACCCUCAACCUCUUCAUCGGAGUCAUCAUCGACAAUUUCAACCAGCAGAAAGCCAAGUUGGGAGGAACAGAUAUUUUCAUGACGGAGGAGCAGAAGAAAUAUUACAACGCCAUGAAGAAACUGGGCUCCAAGAAACCUCAGAAACCGGUUCCACGACCUGAGAAUAAGUUCCAGGCUCUGGUCUUUGACCUGGUGACCACACAGGUUUUUGACAUCUUCAUCAUGGUGUUAAUCUGCCUCAACAUGGUGACCAUGAUGGUGGAGACGGACGAGCAGAGCCACGAGAAAGACGUCAUCCUGUACUGGGUCAACCUCGUCUUCAUCGUCUUCUUCACCACAGAGUGCAUGCUGAAGAUCAUCGCGCUCCGGCAUUACUACUUCGCCGUCGGCUGGAACAUUUUUGACUUUGUGGUGGUCAUUCUGUCCAUCGUAGGCCUCCUCCUCGCUGACAUCAUAGAGAAGUACUUCGUCUCACCCACACUCUUCCGCGUGAUCCGAUUGGCUCGUAUCGGUCGGGUCCUUCGUCUCAUUCGUGGGGCCAAGGGGAUCCGGACGCUGCUCUUCGCCUUGAUGAUGUCACUUCCCGCCCUCUUCAACAUCGGCCUUCUUCUCUUCCUCAUCAUGUUCAUCUUCUCCAUCUUUGGCAUGUCGAACUUCGCCUACGUGAGGAAGGGCGCCAUGAUAGACGACAUGUUUAACUUCGAGACGUUCGGGAACAGCAUGAUCUGUAUGUUUAUGAUCACCACGUCGGCGGGAUGGGACGGUAUGCUCGUCCCCAUCAUGAACACGCCUCCGGACUGCGACCCCAACAUCGAAAACCCGGGAACGUUGGUCAGAGGAGAUUGCGGCAGCCCGGGGAUCGGCAUCGUCUUCUUCACCACCUACAUCAUCAUGUCCUUCCUGGUGGUGGUCAACAUGUACAUCGCCAUCAUCCUGGAGAACUUCAACGUGGCCACAGAGGAGAGCAGCGACCCGCUGUGUGAGGACGACUUUGAGAUGUUUUAUGAAAUCUGGGAGAAGUUCGACCCCGACGCGUCGCAGUUCAUACAGUACAAUGAACUGUCAGAUUUCUGCGACACUCUGCAGGAACCUCUGAGGAUUCCCAAACCGAAUACCAUCAAACUGAUCCGCAUGGAUCUGCCUCUGGUUCCUGGAGAUAAGAUCCACUGUCUGGACAUCCUGCUGGCCCUCACUGCUCAGGUUCUGGGUGAUUCAGGAGAGAUGGACGCUCUCAAAGCCAGCAUGGAGGAGAAGUUCAUGACCAACAACCCCUCCAAGGUGUCAUAUGAACCAAUCAGCAGCACCCUACGGAGGAAACAGGAAGAGGUGGCGGCGAGAGUGAUCCAGAGAGCGUACAGGAAACACCUGCUGCUGCGGACGGUCAAACUGGCGUCCUACAAAUACCGAGAGAAGACGGACGGACGACGAGACGAGGAGUUGCCCCCGGAGACAGAAGGCCUUCUCUGUAAACGGAUCAAUCUGCUAUACGGAGACGGAGACGAGACGAGGACGGCGGCCGAGUCCGCGGCCGCCGUCUCGGGUGUUUCAGAUGAGGAUCCGGCUCCUCCCGCCCGGGUGGAGCUCCAGAGUGAGUUUCUCCUCCACGCUGCGCCUCCACUCAACAUGCCUGACUUCCUGCGCGAUGAGAACGUUAGGGAGUCUAUCGUCUGAUUGCAGCUCUUUGCAGAUGUUUAACAUGUUGCUUCCUCUUCCUCUGCACUGUGGGACUGACCUGCGGACUGUUUCACGCCGGAGACGCAGAGACCACACAGCUAAAGCUCAUCAGCUCCAUGAACAAACGCUGCAGCUUUUAUUCAACUGUGGGUCGGUCAGGUGGUCUUCUUCUGGCUUUGCACAUGAAAUGUUUUAUGUUCUGUGUUUUUAAUCUUCAUCUCAACUUGCUGAAACACUGGAUGUGAUAUUACACUUAAUUUAAGCACUAAUUCAGGUUAUUAACAACACUUAUCUAACAGUUAUUAUUAUUUAAUCAGUAAUCUUUACACUAUGACUCUCAGACCAGGUUCAUGUUCAAAAGUUUGAUCCACAGUGUGUUUUAACCUGUUCAGGAGCCGCUUAUCAGAAAAGUCAAGAUGACCAAUCAGAGAGCGUCGCCGUCAUGUGACGUUAUUCAACUUCCUGCUCAAACUAAAUGUAACUCUGUAUUCAAACAAUCGAACAAACCAGACGUGUGUUUGCUGCUCUGGUUUGUUGGAUGAAGUUUAUUUUCCAGCAAACUGAUAAAAACGGAUAAAAACCAGAUAGCCAAUGAGAGCGCAGCGUCUGAACAGAUAAAUGGAUGAAGACGAUGUUUGAUUUUAGAACACGAGACUCAAAUGAACUUCGGGGGAAAAUUGAAGCAACUGCUGCUGGAGCUGAAGGAAAAUACUUCAUCAGUUACAGUUUGAUUUAACUGAGUUUGCUAAUAUUUAUCAUCUACAAAACUUCAUAGAAAUAUAUCACUCACAGUUCCUAAUCCCUUCACUUUGCCAACGUUCAUUCUGAUUGGUCGAUUCAGCUGCAGGUGAGCUGCAUCAGCCAGAGCGCGGCUGUGAUGACACAAUGAGCCGGCCAAUGGGAGCUUAGAAUGGACUGGUUCAGAGCCAAUCAGAGCUUGAUCAGACUGACUUUAACACUAGCACCGGCGGGGGGUCAUUUUUACCGCGCUGUAGCAACGUCAGCAAUCACAAACAUUUCAUUUCUUGAAGCAGUUAAAUAAUGAGUAAGACUAUUUAAAAUUCAGUUUAUGGGGUUUAUUAAGGUUACAGUUUCAUUACAGAUCAAAAUGGUUGAAUACAUUUUAAAAUUCAUCAGUAAAGUGUCGACUACAACAAACAAAUAACAAAAUAAAUAAUUUAAUUAUUGUAGAAGAAGAACAUUGAGUAAAAAUAAAAAAAAGAAUUUUAGAUAAUGUGUUGUUUUAUACUGGGAGUAAAGAAACACACAUGUAGACUGUCACUGUGCACGUUGUUUUGUUUUGUUGUUGUUUUUCUAGCUCGUGAUAUGGCAGCCUGCUUAUCAAAUGACCCCUCAGCAGUUCCAGGUAUAAAUGAGCUUUUUUAUUCACUAGAUGAUUAAUAAACCCAUUUUAGGAAAAGUCCUGAACUGAGAGAUACGAGGUUUCAUUUUAACAGAGUUACAUGCAUUUGAAACGCCAGGCGGGUAAAAACGAGCUCUGAGGGUCCAUCUCAGGUCCAGGUCUGGACUGAAACCUGGUUUGACCUGAACUCUACCAAAUGAAGGUAAAACAGGUGACUGACAGUGAAGUCGUCCAAUAAAAACAAGCUGUGACCGCGAUGUAAACGACAAACAUUUAUAACCUAUAAUAAAUAAAUCACACUGAAGCUACUUAGUCAAGUAAGUAAAGAACUAAAAGAAAACAUUUAAAAAAUAAAGUUUCUCUGAUUUGUGGAUGAAACCUGACACAGAAUCUACUGUAAGAAAAAGGUUGAGGCACCACUUUACAAUAAGACCCUCACAGAACAUUUAUAUAUGGUUCAUAAUUAUGCUAUUAAAGGUUGUAUCACUUUAUAAAUCAUUAAUAAACAAUCAUAAACAAGUUAUAACAGUUUUCAUACACUGAUGCAGGCUCACUAUUUAGCAAGAUCAAGUUAUUGCUUACUACUCAUUAAUCUUACUGUGAGGUAUGAAACACCUGGAACGCUGUCGUAGAGAAGAUACCGGCCAACAUGAAGCAUCACGUUAUAGCAACAACUCGAGAGCUUAUGUCAUAUCAACACCUGUGAUAACGAUGAGGACGGCUGCUGAAAACAUCAAGGUCAACAAUAUUGCCAGAGGCUUAGUGUAUGAAUCAGGUAAUCUGACAUGUUAAUUUGAUAUGCUGACGGUGGUUAAAUGCGAGUAACUUAUGAACAAAUAUAUGAUGAAGCUGACAGGUAUAAAGCUGCUGAUGAAGACAAUAAGCUAAGUAACCAAUGAGCUGUUGCCCUGUUUAUCUAAUGUGUUAUAACAGCUUAUCAAUGAUAUAUAAAGUGUCAACAACCUAAUUAAUAAACUAAUUAUGAAUCAUUUAUAAAAAGGGUAGUCUUAUUGUGAAGUGGCACCGAAGAGGAUCAUUAAAGAUUGAUUCUUCCUGCAGCUCUAUUUUCUUUCUUUCUUUCUUGAUCAUUUUCUUAAUGUCUUUAUUGUCUCAUUUCAUGUACUUUUGUAUAUUUAUCAGAGCAGUUAACAUCACUUAUUGUAUUUUCAACAGAAGGAAUAUCGAGGUGAAGUCUGUGAACUGUAGCUUGUUGUUGCUAAGAAACAAUCCCUUCAUCUGAUUGGCGGAUGAGUGUCGAGAUGUGACCUGAAAGCAAAGUGAUUAAAGUUUGGAUUCAGAUUUUCCUGAAAAUGUCUCUGC